UGAAAUGUAUACACAGCUGUCAGAGCAGUUAUGGGACUGAGGUGAGAGGCUUAAUGCUGGAUCGUCAGUUCUAAAGCUGAAGACAAUCUCAGUAUUUGAUUAAUAUCAACUCAGAGAACAAGAAGAUAAAAUAUGUACCAUGCCCAAAAGGAAGGGAGCCAAAGGGACCAAGGUGACCCUCAAGACUGCAAAAAAGGCAAUACGGAUGACCAAGGAUGGACGGCGCAGACUCACCCUUAGCAACAUGGGUAUUACUAUCUUCCCAAAGUGUCUCCUCAAACUGACCAAUGUGGACGAGUUGGACCUCAGUCGCAACCUGAUACAGAAACUCCCAGAUAACAUUGGGAACUUCUCGUCACUCAGAUGGCUGGAUCUACACAGCAACAGACUGGAGUCUGUGCCCGAGUCCAUUGGCAACCUGGUGGGAAUGACCUACCUCAACCUCUCCAACAACCGCCUAACCUCUGCAGGUUUACCUGCCACAUUGGGGUUUCUCACCAGCCUCAGGAGUCUCAAUCUGGGGAUGAACCAGCUAGACACCCUACCUCCCACUAUAGUGGCUCUAGAUAGUCUCGAAGAGUUAGGCCUGUUUGAUAACCUCUUCAUCAAGCUACCAGAGUUUGUGACAGUCCUACGUACUAACCUCACCAAAGUAAACAUAAAACGAAAUCCUCUAUCAUACGGUCAGGGGGAUGGUGAGGACAUGAUGAAGGUAAAAUCAGAACCAGAGGAAAAUGUGUACCUGGUCCAUGAGAGCAGCCUGUGCAGGACAUGUGUUAAGAGAUGUAAAGAGCAGAGGGAGAAACUUAUGGGAGGAAAAGGAGGUGGAGGGGGAGGAGGAGAUGACGUGUUUGAGGACAAAAGGAUAAGGACUUAUCCAGGACUGAUGGUGCCAAACUCAGUGGCUAAAGUCAAUCAAGAUGUUUGGAGAAUAAGGAAGGUCAAAUGACCAAAAAGCUGCUGUUAUCGUAAUGUCUU